UCAUGUCAUCUGAGACAUUUAAUUGGACCCGAGCCGCCACAGGGGGACAGCGGACGGCAUUCCUCCACUGCCUUCGCCCUGUUGUGUUGCUCUCCGACGCGUGGCUGCAGUCCGUGGAUAACAUGCCCACGCAAACUUGAGCUGCCGGAGUUCAUCUGACUGACACUAGUGUAGCGGACGCCUCGACUAUACGGUGGAAAACUUCUGAAGACAGAACAAUAUAGCUGGAGUCUAAAGAGGGAAGUGGGGGCCAGCUCUUGGAGAGACACUUGUGCCAUCUUUGGUGGAUUUGCGCAGGGGCGCAACGGCUGAGAGACGACCUGCGCUUUUUCUGAAGAGACCUCAGCAGUGGUCCGACGGGGAGCAAACAACAGCCAGCAUUUGGGACAUACACUGCAACCUGAUUUUAAACUUCAUCAAUCAUACAGAAUUUCCUGGGUCGGGUUCGUAGUUGCUUCAGCUCUGUUUUGUGCCUGUGGCCUCAUGAAGGGAUAAAUGAUCACCUCAACCAGAAGAGUGUCUCCUGAUAAAUCUGAAGUUAGAAUCGCCUUCAGCCUCGACGACACAUCAGACAACACAAAGUCUUCUUUAGAAAAUGAUGUAAAAGAUGUGGAGGACCUCUCUCAAACUUUCCCGGACCUUGAACAGCGAUUGCAGCCAGUGCCCCCCUGUGUGUCUCUGAGAGAGAGCGUUCAGGUGUACAAGGAACACUGCAGGAUGGCGAGAGAGUUCCACCAGGUCAAACAUGAGAUCGCCGUGCUUGAGGACCGCAAGCGGAAGUUGCUGGCAGAGCUGGUGGAGGAUGAGAAGGUUGCCAUGGAGAUCGCCCGUCUAGAGGAGGAGUUUCGGCGUCUAACGGAGGAGAACCGCAACUUGGUGACUGUCCACAACGAGCGUGCUCAGCAGCUGGAGAGGCUCUGCCUGACUGACCAAAGGAGGCAGGACUCCUCAUGACCUCUGACCUCCACAGAACCUGAGACCCUCCAGACAUCCAGCUGACACCAGGCCAGGAAACCAACCAGAAAUAAAGGCCCGGCUAGUGCUCAUUCUACACAACUACCAUCUGUGAAUCAGCUAUUUACACAGAACGGCACCGUGUUUAUUCAUGUCUGAGUCAUUUGUUUGAACUGCAGAUGUACUGUCAUCAUCAGUGUGAAGUUGUUACAGUGAUUGUAUCAAGCUCUGACACAAGGCCGUUUUUCUGAGUACUGUUUUGUUAUUAUGUGAUGUUGCAGAUCCUUGCUGGUCGCUAUUAGUAUACCUCACACAGUUUAUAAUUAUACAGUGUCAGCUGCUGUGAAUGUGACCAGAUAUUCUGAUAUCUGUCUCAGGUCCUGUGGAGACUCGGAUCUUUUUACCUGAGGUCUGUGGAGGGAGCCAAAGGUGAUACGAUGUGGUCCAAAUGUUGUAUUUUGAGGAGUGUUUCCCCUCCCUCUCCUUCUUCUUCUCCCUCUCCCUCUCCCCCACCCCAAUACUUGCUUGUCAAGUUCCUGUUACGCUAAAAAGGAAAUGAGACGAGUGUUGAGCACAGUGUUAGGGAUCGGGGGGAAUGAAAGCCAUUUUGUGAGGAACAGCAAAGAAACAAGGGUGGCAAGGGCGUUUUCAAAAUGAGUAUCUGCUGCAACUCAACACUGUUAAGAGUUGUACAUUUUUUGAUGUAGCAUAUCUCACCUGCAGAAGGGGAAGUAUACAACAAGAAACCGUUGCUUAUCGUCCUCGUCUAAUAAUAAAAUGCGUUUUAUUUUAA